AUGCUGAGGUCGCUGGCGCUCAAUUUCUUCCUGACGGAGAAAUGCUACGAGGAAUUUUUCCUGGAGUUUAACCUGUUGGACGUUCCCUGCCUGAAACUGCUGCUCAGCAAAGUCUUGGGACUGUCCAUCAUCGCAGGAUCGGUGAUGGUCAAACUACCUCAAAUACUGAAGAUUGUGAGGGCACGGAGCACAGAGGGCCUGAGUUUUACCUCGAUCCUCCUGGAAAUGCUGGCUAUCUCUGGCACCAUGGUUUAUGGGAUCAGGAACCAUUUCCCUUUCAGCUCCUGGGGGGAGGCCUUGUUCCUGAUGCUGCAGACCCUAACCAUCGGCUUUCUGAUCCUGCAUUACAGCAGCCACACGCAAACAGCUCUGACCCCGCUGAGGGUAGUGACUCUCCUCCAGGCCUUCAACCUGCCCGCGAUCAUGGUCAGCCGGCUCUUGCAGAUUCUGACCAACUACAGGAAUGGCCACACAGGCCAGCUGUCUGCGAUCACAGUCUUCCUCCUGUUCGGGGGCUCCCUUGCAAGAAUCUUCACCUCUGUGCAG